AUUUCUUUGUCUACUCUCAUUGACCGAGUCUUUCAGCUCCUCGCGCCUCGUCUCCCCACCAAGAGCAUCCCUUGCUUCCCAGCUACAUCCACCGCGUCCCUUCUCCCAUACCUCACAAUGGCUCCCUCAACCCUCCCAGAGACCUCCCUUGACCCCACCGAGACCUCCAAUCGCCCCAAAAUCCUCAUCCCCGAAAAAGUCUCUCCCGAUGGCCUUGCCCUCCUCUCCCCCUACUUCGAAAUCCACCAGCCCAAGAACCUGUCAGCCGAGGACCUGCUGGCCCAAAUCCCCACCUACCAAGCCCUCAUAAUCCGCUCCGAAACAAAAGUCACAGCCUCCGUGCUUGCCGCAGCCACGAAACUGAAAGUCGUCGCCCGAGCUGGCGUCGGGGUUGACAAUGUCGAUGUGGACGCGGCUACGAAGAAUGGAAUCAUCGUCGUCAACAGCCCGAGCGGGAAUAUCGUUGCAGCAGCCGAACAUACAAUUGCGCUCCUCAUGGCUGUAGCACGUAAUGUGCCAGCUGGAGACCGCUCACUUCGCAAUGGAGGAUGGGAACGCUCGAAGCUCGUAGGCACAGAAGUAGGCGGGAAGACACUCGGCAUCAUCGGGCUAGGAAAGGUCGGGUUGAAAGUGGCGCGUAUGGGCGUUGGCCUAGGGAUGAAAGUCGUAGCCCUCGAUCCCUACGCCUCUCCUGACAUAGCUGCUGCUGCGAAUGUCACCUUGGUCGGAAAUCUCGAAGACCUUCUUCCUAGGGCGGACUUUCUCACUAUCCAUACGCCGCUUAUUGCGAGUACACUUGAUCUGAUUAGCACCAAAGAACUAGCAACGAUGAAGACAACUGCAAAGGUGCUGAAUGUAGCAAGGGGAGGAGUGUAUAACGAGCAAGCACUCUUCGACGCCUUAGAAGCCGGAAUAAUCGCAGGCGCAGGCCUCGACGUCUUCACGAGCGAGCCUCCGUCGCCAGGCUCCGCAGCCGAAGCACUCUGCCGGCACCCAAAGGUCGUCGCUACACCCCAUCUAGGAGCCUCUACCGUCGAAGCACAAGAAAACGUCUCCCUCGACGUCUGCGCCCAAGUCCUAUCCAUCCUGAACGGCGGCCUCCCAUCCUCUGCCGUCAACGCCCCUCUCAUCCUCCCCGAAGAGUACAGAAAACUCCAACCUUUCGUCCGCCUGAUCGAGAAGAUGGGCAGUCUCUACACACAACAUUACUCCUCCAAGCCCUCUUCUACCAUUGGCAAAGGUGUAGGCGGCAAGAAAUUCGAGCUCAUCUACGAAGGUGAACUCGCCUCUAUCUCAAACACGCGCCCUCUCUUCGCCGCUUUGGUGAAAGGUCUCACGUCCGCCAUCAGUGAUAGUGGAGGCCGGGACGUGAAUAUCGUCAACGCCUCGCUGAUCGCUAAGGAAAAGGGAUUGAUCAUCAACGAAACGCACACGCGGGAGUCUGCGAACCUAGUAUAUGCUUCUUUGGUCACGCUUCGCGCUACUUCAAGGCCUGGGGAACCGGGGCAGGUGAUAAGCGGGUACGUGAGUGGGAGAGGGAUCUACAUUUCCAGACUAGACCGCUUUAAUACUUCGUUUGUCCCCGAGGGGACGUUGCUUGUGCUGCACAAUUAUGACGAGCCGGGCAAGAUUGGUGGUGUGGGUGGGAUACUGGGCAGGCAUGGGAUCAAUAUUAAGUUCAUGUCUGUUGCGGCACUUGAUCGAGGGGGACGGGGCGCUUCGAUUGGCUGGCCUGGGUCCGGGUUUGGGGCGUCGGAGGCGGUGAGUGUGGAGCAGAGUGAGAGCGAGGCGGAGAAUGAGGCACUUAUGAUUCUAGGGGUUAAUGGGGCGGUGGGGAAGGAGGUUGAGGUUGAACUCAGGGAGGAGAAGGGGAUUUUGGAUGUUAGUGUUGUGCGGCUUUGAAUUUCCUUUGUCUUGGGAAUUGGACCGGUGGGAGAGGCGCAUUUUCAUUUUAGCUAGAUGAGUGGGAGGUUUUCCUUCUGGCUUGUCCAAGAAGGGGAUGGAGCCAUAGCGACUUGGUCAACGGCUCAGAAUUUCGUGGCCGGAAUAGGUGCAUAGUCAUGAUAGGGAUUGGAAAGCCGCAUUUUGCGUGAAUAAAAAGUUCAACAACAGAAUCAAUAAAAUUAAAGUUCAA